AUGGCGAUGACAACAUCCUGCGGGUAUGAACCGAUGCGAAGCGGUACAACUAUUCUAUGUUAUAUAAAUCGAGAUGGUCUUCCAUUGUCAGAUCGAUGUACUGAACGAAUGUGGUCUUUUUGUAUGGAACAAUAUGCUAAGAAUGUGACAGAUAUUGAAAUUUUACGCAACCAAAUUGAUAAUUAUCCACCGGUGACGCAUCCUGAUCCACCGUAUCAUAUAGCGACUAGUACGCGAUUGACAGUAGCAGAAAAACUACAGCAAAUACAAAAUUAUAUACAACGUCUCGAAUACAAUUAUACGGGAAUGCAAUUUUUUUAUGUAAAUCCUAAUCGUUCGAUUUACGGACUCAUGGAUAAAGCUAGAUAUAUAAUGACAGAAUCUUUACCAAUAAAAUGUUUUGAAGCAUUUUUAAUUGGACUCUAUUUAACAACCGGUAUUGUUGGUCUCGAUCGUUUUAAUAUAUCAUUUAAAACACGUUUUAAUUCGGUAGUCUAUCGUCAUGUUAUUCUCGGUGUCAAAUUCGGUCAAAUAUACGGUGCAGUAGGUAUCAGUCGUCGUAGUGACCUUGCAUAUAAGCCAUUAAAUGGAAGUUAUGAUUCGUUAUCGAAACUUAUUGAUGAUUUUAUUGGUGCCUAUCGAAAUUACGGUCAUACGGUAUUACGUGUAAAAAUUGGUUUACCUAUUGUUCAUGAUCUUAAAUCAUUCGUAACAAUUAAUUGGAAAGCACUGUCAAUUCUACCAAGUAAAACUAGUAAAAGCGAUUACGAUCGUGAACUUGAUAAAAUUACUCGCACGUGGAGGCAACUCGAUAUGCAUAUGAACUAUCGAUCUGUUGUACCAUUAGCAUCAUUAGUAAAGCCCGCCUGUACAUUGAUUACAUCACCAUCAGUACCAACUCGUUUACAAUCCGUCUCAAUUCGACAAAAUCGUGGAGCAUCAUUGAAUUGUCGUCAAUCGGCACUUUCGAAAACACCAACAACAAUCAUACACGAGGAGAACUCAACUGAUAAAGAUCAAGCUGUUUCUUAUGCUAUUCGUGUUUAA